UCUUUUCACUAACUGUUUUGUUUUAAAUUAAAGUAAAGCUACAUUUGUUGGAGAGUCUUUCCACAUAAAACAUUAUAGAGGAUGUCAGACUUGGGACAAUUUGACCCUGAUUUUUACCAAUCUAAUUAUACCAUUGAUUAUCAGGAGCAGGUUUGUAGUGACUCCAAUGCUUAUGGAAAGCCUUAUGGAUCUGGAAAACAACAAGUGAGUGAGCAGCCUCAGCCUGCCUCUUUUGUUCCACCACAGAUGCCCAUGUCAUCAGGUUACGCAGGACGAUUUUUUCAGCCAGCAACCAACUCGGAUUCUUAUUCACAAUCUGCUUACAUUGACAGUUUUGAUGAAGAGCCUCCUUUGCUAGAAGAUAAGUUAAAGAAGUAACUUGGAAUCAAUUUUGAUCAUAUUUGGCAAAAAACCAUGACGGUGUUAAACCCACUGAAGCCAGCAGAUGGCAGCAUUAUGAAUGAAACGGAUCUCACUGGACCCAUCCUUUUUUGCAUUGCCCUGGGAGCCAACCUGCUUCUGGCAGGAAAAGUUCAGUUUGGUUAUGUAUACGGCAUGAGUGCCAUUGGCUGCCUUGGGAUUCACGCCCUACUGAACUUGAUGAGCUCCUCCGGGGUGUCCUAUGGCUGCGUGGCAAGUGUGCUGGGUUACUGUCUGCUCCCCAUGGUCAUCCUGUCUGGCUGCGCCAUCCUCUUUUCACUGCAGGGAACCUUCGGAACAGUGUCGGCACUGGCCAUCAUUGCCUGGUGUAGCCUCUCAGCUUCCAAAAUCUUCAUUUCAGCCUUGGCCAUGGAAGGACAACAGCUUCUCAUUGCCUAUCCUUGUGCCUUACUUUACGGGCUUUUUGCCCUCUUAACUGUUUUCUGAAAGUGUUUUAGAUGACAUUGCAAGAUUCUAUUUGCUCACUGUUCAGAUGAUCUUGGAAAUGUAUUAGCACUGAAAUUUGGUGAUAUGGUUUCUGUUUUAUUGCUGUUGAAAGAACGAUAAGUGGAGAGACAAUCCAGCACUUAAGGAUGGUACUCUAAUAGUCCAUUUGGUUUGA